CAUCAUCAUUGCCAUUAUCAGCGAAUUGUGAUUUUAGUUAUUCGAGGAAGUUGCUGUAAAGUUAACAUUGAAGUGUUUUCCUACGUCACAUGAAAAAAGCCUUCCAAAGUGAGCCACGAAGUCACAAGUUGGUGUUGGUGUGUGCUUGAAGUGGUGAAAGAGCCAGUCAGCGUAACUGGCUGGUAUACCGGAGGAAGUGAACGGCCAGAAGAGGAGUGGUGUUUGGUGGUGGCAGUAGGAGGACAAAUUAUUGACAUGUCUUGAACGAAAAAAAUAUAAGCUCGCUCUGGUUUUUCGAUGUUCCGAAGGAAUUUGAUUGCACCAUUUGUCAGCCUCUCGCAAGGCUAAUUUGACGUGCAGGCAGUGUGACAUUUUGGAACCUGCCAGAGGUAAAAAAAUACUGAUGGUUUACAUCCUGUGUUGGUAUUGUAGUGGAUGAGCAAUAACAUUGUAGUGUACUGGAUCGGAAGUUUUGGACACAUCCGGAAUUGUUACAACUGAUCCUGCUUGUGCGGAUUAGAAGCAGCGAGGAUGGCUCAAAAUAAUCAAAACAAUCAACGCCAGAUACUGAACGAUUGGAACCAACAGGCAGUUCAACCUAUACAUACGAGCACAUACUUUAGUCGGUUUGCAGAAGCCAAUAGUACUUCUCAACCAGCUUCACCUAAUCAAAAUGGAAGAAGCGUAACGGAUACUUACCAUCAACAAAUCGACAAUAACGAUAUUUGUGUGAGAUCAGACAUAGCCGUGUUGCAGCCAAUACAACAUCUGUACCACGGAAGAAACAUGGCUGCACCAUUUUCGGCCUCGACAGCAUUUACCAAUAAUAACAACAACGAUGGCUGGGGAGACGACUGGGGCGAUUGGGGUGAGAAUUCCAAUACGUUAGCUCAGCAGAAACCUCCACCCCCACAGCAUCAACAACAACAUCAGCAAGCCGCACCACCACAACAGCAUAUGAACACGAACCAGUUCUUCCAGCCACAACAACAACAACAACAACAGUAUCCAACUCAACAAUUGCAUUUGGAUCAAAAUAACCGAAACUUCAUACCCAAUCUUGCGCCUACUGGUAUGCAACAGCAGAUGUACCCAAACUAUUCCGCUCCGGCACCUCCCAUGCAACAACAACAACCAUUUCAACCCAGCUACCAACAGCAACCCUAUCCACAGCAACAGCCUCAGUACACGCAACCUCAGGCUGCAACCAACUAUUUCACCCAGCCACCACAGAGACCUCUUUCACAUCCUCCGGCGUCGGUGACUCCUCAACUACUACCCCAGCAAACCGUUCCGUCAUUGAACCCAACCGUCUCCGAUAGUUUCACCACAAACGCUAACGACAGCUGGAACUGGAACUUGUCGGAAAGCCAACUAGCCGCUAGUCCCAAACCACAACAGCACGUCGAACCUCAACCCCAAUCCAAUGCAUUUCAAGACACCUACAAUCAACAGCAAGGCUAUCCGCAAAACAAUUUCAGUAUACCUGGUGUCGGAAACAAUACUCAGCUGCAACAGCCCAAGGUACAGCCAGCGCAGCUAACACGACUCAAGAAUGAAACUCUAUCGCCACAAUGGUCCAUUGAAAGCCAAGUCUCGCAAACCUCCAGUGAUCGCUCAAUAGAGAGUGGAGAGAUUGGUGAAAGCAGAAGUUCCAACACGGGACCGUCCGACGACGGUUCAUCCGGAAGGCAGCAUCAGGUUGAGAACUACGAGAACAUCGGUGGCUAUGAUAAACCAUUUCCAACUCAAGUUGAAGUCCCGGAUAAGUUGGACGUGGAAUUGAACUCCCUGAGUAUUAAACUGGAACCUCAGGAGCAGGCAAUGGUGGAGGAAAAACGUUCCGAUAACUACAGGGAGUCUUCUUUUCCACCACCUCCACCUUCAAUUGCAACAAGUCAGCAGUCCGAUGGUGUGGUGCUACCUCCGAAACCUACGUCUAGGACUCCACCGCUGCCACCACCACCUACGGACGUAGGUCAACAAACUGUUCAAGCCACACCGCCUGUUCAAGCUCCACCACCAAGUCAAGGACCUCCCCCAGCUCAGGGACCUCCGAAAGGGUCGGCAUCCAACCCGUUCAAGCGAACAGCACAACGUGCCCACAUCGCAACCCCUGGAUUGGGAGUCACCCCGCCUCCGGCACCUAACCCAACCUUUUUCUAUCAACCGCAAGAGAUCCCCAAUGUAGAGAAUCUCGUACCGGAAAACCAAGAAAUCCCGGACUCACGUGCCGACAACGUUGAAAACCUCGAAGUAGCUCCUAGUAACGACCGUAACCAGUAUCUCCAAACAGGACAUCUGUCCGAAGAAGGUUACACGUCAUCCCAUCGCGCUGUUUCGAAUGAUCAACAUCCGGGAGAUGACAGCCUUCCACCACCUGGCCUAUCGCGCUACGUUCCCGGUCAGCAACAAUCGGAAAACAAUCAGCAACCAGCCAGUCACAGCUAUCCCGAACCUCCGCCCGGGCUCGAUCGGAUGAUUCCCGGAACUGAUUUGGAAAACGCAACCGAUCUGAAUAUGGAACGGCAAGCCGAUGGUGAAGUAUCUGAUUCGGCAGCCAAUCCUAACCCUAGGCCAUCUUAUUCGUCCACCACAUCAUCAUCCCAGGCAGACCACCACCAUCACCAUCAUCAUCACCACCACCAUCGGGAAGAGGAAAUCAGUGAUCGAAACCUUUACCAGGUUCCUGGGGAAAGUGACACCCACCACAACCAGCAACGUGUCAUCCCUGGAGUGGAAGACGAUCGUCCGCCGCAGAGUACUAGCGCUGGCAGCUACUCGGCUCAACAUCCUACAGAUAUCCCUAUCAAUGAACAGCAACGGGAACUGGUUAUGGAUGGCGAGAACCCACAUGAUCCACCACCGCAGCCAUUGCACGGCGAAAUAAGCCGCGAAGAACCGAUAGAAGGAGGUAACACACAAGAUGAACCGGUCGGUAGCAGUUCGGGAGCGGUUGCUGGUGGCAAUGGGGAAACCGAUUUUAACUUAAUGGUGGAUAUGCCUCGAAAGGAUCCAUCGAAUACAUCCACGGCUGAUGAAAGUGAUAAGGAGCGAUCGAUGUUCUACGCUAAGGGAAAGCCAGCUCGAAGAGAGGAGGAUCCGUUGCGUCGAUCGACAAAGAGCAAGAGCUCAAGGGACCGUUACGACACGGAGGAUUCGGAUUAUAGCGAUCGAGAGCGACGGAGAAGGGAACGCGAAGGUAGUGCCGGUUUGGAGCAAAGAGAACGGAGGCGUGGCGAGCGAGAGAAGGAAAAAGAAAGGAAGAAGGACGGUGGAAGAGAUCGCGAUCGUGAUUACGAUUACCGGGAUAAGGAUAGAAAUAGAUACGACCGCGAUCGGGAUCGCUACGGCCGGAACAGCAAGUACGAUCGCGACAGUCGUUACGAAACCGAUGGGUCCAAGUACGAAACCGAACGAUCGACACGCUACGACAAGGAAGGUGACGGUAACAGGCGGUACAUGUCCAGGGAAGAGUACUACCGCAAACGAGAGGAACGGGAACGUGGGGGAGGCGGUGCCGGCACCGGCACCGGCGACGAUCGCCGCUAUCGCAAGGAAAAGGAUCGAGAGAGGGGUGACCGCUAUCGAGAUGAGAGAAGGAAAGAUGAUCGCUACCGUGAAGGAGGAGGCGAUAAACGGCGAAGUGAUCGCCAUGAUCGGCGUUAUGAAUACGAGGACUACCGAGCGGGAAGCCGAAACGGUACAGAACGGGACCGGGAUCGAGCUCGUGAGAGCCGUGAACGGGAUGACCGCAAGGAGCGGGACCGCAAGUAUCCAUCGUCGACCUACGGCGGUCAGUACGGAGCGGCAGCGUCGGGAUAUUAUGAUCCGUACAGUUACUACACUCAACACCAGCAGUACUACGAACAGCUGCGACGUACUAAUCCGCAAGCGUAUGCCGAGUGGUAUCGCACGUACUACAGUCAGAUGCAGGCAGCUCAGAUGCAGCGUGAUCUGUUGACCAGUGAUGGUCGCGAAUCGGUGCAUUCCGGUCGCAGUUCAGCCAACGAUAAAGAAAGGUUUAAUCGCACGACACCGUUCCUCCAUCAGCCCGGCAUGUAUAAUCCGGAAGACUAUCAUCGUCAUUUCAAUAAUCAAUCGCAACCAUCCGCCAUGCUCGACCAGAGCUUCCUCAGUGAAGUUUCCGGUCAACCGACGUCACUGCCAAUGUACCACCAUCAGCAAGCGAUGGCCUCAUUCCAACAGCAGCAGCAGCAACAACAACAACAGCAACUUCAGCAGCAACGGGCCACUCCUCUGGUUAUGGACAGGUCGUACCACACUGAUAGUGGAUAUUACCAGCCAAGGUUGGACAAUACCGAUGGCUCGCUGCGGCAGGAACCGAGCGCCAUAGCCAUGAUGGAACCGGAGCGACUGACUCCGCGCAAGUUCCCGGAGAUUCAUCCGAUUGUGAGUGUGUCUUGUGGGUUGUUGGUGACUGCCAAGAACCGCCUGACCAUCAAUGGAACAACCGAUUUGGUGAAAAUUUGGAGCUUGGGUACCCACGAACCAACACGCAAGCUGUUCCAAUCAUACCCGGGACCGCUGGUCAAGGAUAAAACUCACAAAAAAUCUGUAAUUGAGUUCUGCGAGGAACAGUUGCGAAGUGGUCCGGUCGGUGGCAUUGGGCAGGCCGUCGUGAAGUCACGUGGCAACUCGAUCAACAGUUUGCACUCGCUAGGUCCAAAUGUAAAUCGUGGUUCCUAUACCCUUCUGUGGAACUACAUCAUUCUUCUGUUAAGACAGAAUGGAACCUUUGUUGGAACUGAUAUUUCCGAGCUGUUGAUGGAAAAUAAAGUGGAAUUUCCAUUCGAUUCCCAUCAAGCUAGCGUUCGAUCUGCAAACGUAAGCGGUAGAAAUUCUUCGCUUUCGAAUGUUGAUCGCAAGCCCCGGGAACUGGACGGUGAUGGGCAUAUGGAUGCAGACACCGAGGAACAGCGGGACGCUGCCGAGAAUGAAUAUGAACAACCAUUGUUAGAAGAGAAGAAAACACAGCUAAGCGAGCUAGAAAUUACCGACAAGUUCAGGAACUAUCUUAUCUACGGUAAUAUCAGCGAUGCGUUGGAGUGGGCUACGGAAAAUAACCUCUGGGGACAUGCAUUGUUCCUAGCUUCAAAGUAUGACUCACGGCAGCAUGCUAACGUAAUGAUGAAGUUUGCCAACAAGUUAACUUUGAACGAUCCUCUGCAAACGCUGUAUCAAUUGCUCAGUGGACGAACCCCAUCAGCAGUGACUUGCGUGCUUGAUGAAAAGUGGGGCGAUUGGCGACCACAUUUAGCCAUGCUUAUGUCCAAUAGCUCCGCCAAGCCGGAACUUAUCAAAAAGUCCAUAACCACACUGGGCGAUUCGUUGUAUAAUCGCGGUGAUCUAUACGCGGCUCAUUUUUGCUAUCUACUGUCGGAUGUGAGCUUCGGCAAAUUUUCCGACGUAAAGCAGGACUGCGGAUCGACCAUCAAUGCCAAUACGGUAGUGCGAUUAAUCUUGCUCGGUUCUACCCACUUACAACGUAACUUCAAAGAGUUCUCGACAAAUGAAUCGAUUAUGAUGACCGAAAUCUACGAGUAUGCCCGUUCUUUGAACGAAGAACGUUACUCAAUUACGGAGUUGCAGUACUAUAAAUAUUUGCUAGCUAGUCGAAUGUUGGACUAUGGCAUGCAAUUCAAGUGUCUUCUUUACAUGGAGCAAAUCGCCGAGCAGAUCCAGCAGGAUCCUUAUCGAUUUGAAUCAGAAUUCAUCAAAAAGGUUUACACACUUGGCGAUCGUCUUAAAUAUUACGAUCCAGUACUGGAGAAGGCCUUGGACGAAUCCGUAGAUAAUAACGGUCAAGGCAACAUUUAUGCAAACAUCGAGGACCCAGCUUGGUUACAACGAUUAAGUGCAAUACUAAGCAACUACAGUGCUGCAAGUGCUUCCAACCACGCCACCGAAACAUCCUACGAAGGGGCACCAGAUUACACUAACUACAAUAGCUGCUCCGGAUAUGGCGGUGAGCAAAUGACGCAACAGCAGUCACAGCCUGCCAAUCAGGAAUCAUCUGUAAGCAUGGAUUCUUCAGAAAUCAAUAAAGAAUUCACUGAAAUCAAUCAACAGCUUGGUCGUUUGAACCUGCAGUACACGGAUGCUUACGAUCCGAACAAACAACAGCAGCAACAGCAAACGCCAACACACCAUCAAUACGAUCACCAGAUGGCAGCUCCAAGCUAUGACCAGGGCUACGAUUCGAUCAACCAAUCUUCCCUGCAGGAUGAAUCCCACUUGCAACAGCAACAGCAACAGCAGCAACAACUACAACAACAAGUGUCACAGGAGGGCUACGAUCAGCACCAACAACUUCAGUCUUCUUAUCCCUAUGGGUACGAUGGCGCUUCCGCGCAACCAGGCAUGUUUAUGCCGGCGCAAGUACCUGGUCAGGACAGUCAACAGCCUAGUCCGUACGACUAUUGGGGAGCUAAUGCCGAGCCGGGUUCGAAACGAGUCGCGUCCGCGUCCACUAGACAGCAGCAGGGUGCAUCCCCUGCUCGUUCGGGUACAACCACCGCCGUCGAUACCAUACCCGAGUACGAGGAGAAAUCUCGCGAGACACCCUACUCCUCAUCACCAGUACCGCCCGGACAUCACGACGAUUCGCACCCAGCUGCGCCUCUGUCGUCGUCGUCGUCUCACCCACACGGAGGAGACUAUGACAGCUUGGCUACGGGCGGUGCUGGUCUUAACUACAUACCAAAACCCUCCAUUUCGAUGCCAAAUUCGGUGUCCAAUCGACCGGGAUUCGAAGAUGGCAAUGACAACACUAAUGCGUCGCCAGCAGAUCAAGCCCAGUCUCAACAGCAAGGCCAACCAAGCGGUUCAUCCGGGAAAACGGCCAACGAACCAACAAAGAAGGCACCUCCCGCCAAGGAUGGUAAACUGAUCGGAAAUGCCCAGAGCAAUUCCGGUUGGUUCGGUGGAAUAUGGAACAAAUUAUCGUUGAAACCAAAAAAUCAAAUGAUUCUUCCUGAUGAUAAGAACCCAACCAUCGUGUGGGAUCCCGAGAAGAAACGCUGGGUAAAUAAGGAUGGGGACGAGGCCGGGGAGGAAGCGUUUAAGCCACCACCAAAAAUGUCAGACUUAAUGCCAGGUGGCCCAGCACCUCCACCAGCUCCAAUUAUGGCUGCGCCGGUUGCAGCGCCAACAGCAAUGUCAAUGACCGCUGUUCCUCCUGGACCAACACCAACCGUUGGUGGUGGCAACUACGGAGCGGCAACUUCAUUGAAUGCUGAUCCAAACGGUGCUCAAAAUCCUACUCAGACGCAGGUUCAGCCUGUAGGCCACAUGCCUGCCGCACCGGCCUCAACGAAGAUGGGCGAACCGACUAAAGUUCCAACGCUACAGUCCAACAUGUUCAAAAUGCAGAGGAACCGAACUUUGAAAAACUCUUACGUGGAUGUGUUCAACCCGUCCGGUGCGGCACCUAGUCGGCCAGCGGAAGCUAUAAUGGCACCUUCCGUUCCUGCUAUGCCGACACCGCAGGUUGGUUACUUCGUACCAGGAGGGGCUCCGGCCGGUGGGCAAACCAACGAGAGUUCUGCAGCAGAGGGAGUACCUCAGUUCUACAAUCCCAACCAGUACGCCGGAGGGUAACAGCAGUAGAGAUGCGCGCGCGCGCGCGUCUUUAAGUGUACUAAUGUGUAGCCUAAAUAAAUGAAACAAACAUCUACCUAUUCUACCCAAGAGACUGCCGACAGUAAAAGUGGCAACAAUACUAACACAAACAAUGAAAGAAAGCAUAACAACAUUUAACGUUAAAAAGUCAGCGUGCAAGUCAGUGAAACUGUUGUAGGAGGUUAGAUAAAGCUAGGACAGAAUGUAAAAUUUAGAAACAGCCUUUUUUUCAUAGCAGGACAAGGACAUAUUAUAAUCGUAACACAAUAAAUUUCACGAUCCAAUUUUAGCGACGUGUGGUGCGUUUCUCAUCUGUUGUUCAUUUUUAACUUCGAAUUUGGGACAAAGGAGCGAAUUUAGUCAAAAUUAAUGCGUGUAUAAUUUUUCUUCUUCUAAUUUUUGUAUAUGUUAACUACGUUUGUGUAUAUGAGUAAUAGUAUUUCUUUCGAUAUAGGGUUUUGAUAAAUUUGUACAGUAUGAUUCUGCAUAUAAACCUAUUUUUUUAGAAAAAUGAUUUACAAAAUUUUGUUUAAUGUGUGCCUCUUUUUAACAUAAGCAUGUUUUUUGAAAGAAAUGAAACGGAUUGGUUGCUUUUUUACGUUUUACGCCGUUGAUUAUUUUUAGGCAGAUUUUUGAAAUAUUCACUUGGAUUUGUGGUAUGUAUUAAAUCGUUUUGUGAAAAGGUUCUAUAUUUUUCUUUGAAUGUUUUCGAUUGCUCACUUUAAUUUACUUACUGCUCCUAGGACAUACAUAUAAUGUACACAUGGUCAAGUUUCUUUCAUCGUAGUAAUAAUAGAAAUGGAAUGAAAUAGCACAUCCGGAAGAAUAAUAUAGUGAAUGCUUUGAAAAAGUAUGCAAAGUUGAGUUAGUGAGGUAAUGUGAUAUGUAUUAUCUUUUAUGUAUGUUUUAUUUAAAGUUUAUUUUCAAUGCUAUAGAUUUUUUCCUAUUUUCUGAUUAGGUGCAAAAUGAUUCAUUUAUUUUUCGAAACAAUGCAUAAGAAAAAGACAAAAAAGGUGAACACCUCGAAACAGUUAUUGAAAAAAAAAACAAAUAUUCUAGGUGAUUGCAAAGAUAAAAAUCCUUCACAGUAGAUAGUGAUGAUGCAUCAUAGUGAAAAAGGAAAUCAUGUUUUCUAGUGAUUAAUGAGCGAAAGAUAUGUAAGCAUGGCAAGUGGUGAUCUAGAUAAAAAAAAGAAGAAGUGUAAUACCCCUUUCUAGUGAAAUGAUGUGUAUGAAGUUUAAAAUCAAAAUAAAACAUCUACCUAUUAUUCAUUAAA